AUGCGGUGUUGUGUAGCAGUGAUGUGCGCGGCGCUGACGCUGGCGGCGGCGGCGGCGGCGGCGGCGGACGCGGCGCAAGACGCGCCGCCGCCACAGGCGGACACUGACAUUGAGUUAACAGAAGAAGAAAAACGAGCGUGGUCCAGUCUUCACGGCGGCGGUGGUUGGGGAAAACGGGGAUGGCAGGACAUGAGCUCGGCGUGGGGAAAGCGGGGUUGGCAGGAUCUGAAUUCUGCUUGGGGUAAACGGGGCUGGCAAGAUCUAAACUCUGCUUGGGGCAAACGAGGCUGGCAAGAUUUGAAUUCUGCUUGGGGCAAGAGGGGCUGGCAAGAUUUGAACACCGCGUGGGGCAAGCGUGCGUGGAGGGACCUAUACCAGACUCCAUGGGGAAAGCGAGGCUGGCAGGACAUGAGCUCCGCUUGGGGCAAGCGUGGUUGGCAGGACAUGAGCUCCGCUUGGGGCAAGCGAGGCUGGCAAGACAUGAGCUCGGCGUGGGGUAAACGAGCACCCGAAAAGUGGGCUAAUUUCCAUGGAUCUUGGGGCAAGCGAUCGGGACCUGAACCAGACUACGAAGACUAUGAAUUUGCUUACGAUCAUCUUAUUCCCGUUCAACAGAUGGAAGCCGAAAACUUAAACAUGGAUGUUCCGGAAAAGAAAGCGUGGUCGGCGCUGCACGGCGCGUGGGGCAAGCGGCCCGUCAAGCAGGCGCAGUACAACAGCGGAUCGUAUUACUGGAAGAGAGAGCCUGGCUGGACCAAUCUCAGGGGCAUGUGGGGCAAGCGAGCCUCGCCUGACCUGCCCCUAGACGAAGAGCACGACGGAGCAAACGGGGACGAGGCC